UAAGAUUAAAAGUUAUAUAUACAAAGAUUAUUGACAAUAAACAAUAUAAUAAUGGAAGAUUCAGAAAAAAAGAUUGAUGGAAAAUAUCCUAUGAGAAUUGCAGAAAGACGAUUCAAAGGAAUUUUAAUGUGGCAAUGUGAAGCGGAAGAAUUUGAAACUAUGGAAACUAGAGCAGACGAUAUUUGGAUAUGCACCUCUCCGAGGUCAGGUACUACAAUGACUAUAGAGUUAGUUUACCUGAUUCAAACAUUAGACUUUGAUACAGCAAACAACGUUCAACUUGAGGUUAGGGUUCCGUUCCUCGACUGCAAAGAUGACAGAUUUCCGUACUAUAAAGGAAAGAAGACAAUAGACGAAAUGAAAUCACCAAGGAUGAUAAAAACACAUCUUCAUCAUUUUCUUCUACCAGAACAACUCCGAAAAGGCAAAGGGAGGAUAAUCUAUAUGUACCGCAACCCAAAAUAUUCUGUUAUUUCCCUAUUCAAAUUAUUUAAGUGGACACAUCAACUUGAUGAGGGAGAAAAUAUGUUUGGUCGAUUCUUUGACAGUUUUGUCGAUGGCAAAGCUUAUGCAUGUCCGUGGCCGCAGCAUGUUCUUGGAUAUUGGGAGAAGAAAUAUGAACCUCAAGUUUUAUUUCUCCGAUUUGAAGAUGUUGUCAAAGAUAUGCCUGCCGCUAUCAGACGUAUAGCCAUAUUUCUUGGACGUACAUUAACAGAUAAAAAUGUUGCCGACAUUGCCGAGCAUUGUAGUAUUGAGAAAAUGAGGAAUAAUGAAGAAGUUAAUUACUCAUACUGGCAAGAUAUAGGAUAUGUCGACUUUAAACCAGAGGAAAGUCAUUUUAUAAAUAAAGGUCAGCCUGGUACAUGGCAUGAGACAUUAACGCCAGAACAAAACGCCAAAAUGGACAAGCUUAUUAAAGAAGUUGAGGACGCUGGUGUGACUGUUGUACAUACUUGAAGUAUUAGAUUGAUAACUUUGAUAAUAAUGUCUUGUAUAUUUGUACAUGAUUAAUGAACACAAUAUUAAUACAUAAAUACAUGUGUACAAUGUACACACAAAUAUAUUGGAGCAUUUGUGAUUACUUUUAUAAUCAAUUUAUAUGUAUGUAUGUUUUUUUUACUGGAUCAAUUUGUUUGACAUAGGACAUGCGUUAAUAUCAGUUCAAAUCCUAUUUAUUUAAAUGUCCACUAGAGUGUCAGUAAGUAAAAAAGGUUUACAUACCACCUUGAUAAUCAUGAGCGGAAGAGACUACAUAUUAUGCAGAACAGACCAAAAUAUACUCUAGCCCUCAACAAGCCCUAAAUUUUGUCAUACAGUUUGAAUAAAAAUAUUAUGUCUUGUUACAAAUAAACAUCAAAUGAAACAUUUGCAUUUUUUAAAUUUUUGAUUUUGUUCUUUAUUGAAAACAAACUUCAUAAAGCUUUACUAUUUAAUCACCAACUGGUAGGUGUUUUGAUAAGCUCUACAAAUACUCUCCAAAAUCGAACGGUUUCAUACUUUAACUGACGAGGUAAACCGAUCACAUAAUUCGGAUGCAUUUUCAGAUUAGGUGAAAUAAAGAAAUAAC